AUGUCACCACCAAUGGCCCUCCUCUCCCCGCUCACCGUCCCCCCCACCUCCCUCAGCCAGAUGCACUCCCGCCCACCGCCCGGACCCCCCUCACCGGGAAAACAGAGACCAACAAUCGUCCUCGUCCCCGGGGCAUGGCACACCUCUCUCGUCUGGGCUUCCCUCAUCUCUCUCCUCUCAGCUGCAGGCUACCCGUGUGUGACCCUCGACCUCCCUUCUGUUGGAGGGCGGGUAACAAGCAUGCAAGAAGAUACAGAUGCAGUGCACGUCCUGCUCUCUCGGCUCGUGCGUGCAGGGAAGGACGUGGUAGUCGUCAUGCACUCCUAUGGCGGGCUACCAGGUGCAGCCGCAGUCAAGGGGCUAGGAAAGGUCGACCAGAGGCAGGGAGGUGUCAUACAGCUCGUCUUCCUCGGGUCGUUCUUGCUCGACAAGGGAAUAGCCGCACUGGACCUUUUGAAGGGAACGCUGCCUUACUGGGUCGAGCUCAUAGACGGUGGAACGUUCCUUCGCUGUACAUGCCCGGAAGAUGUGUGGUACCAAGAUCUCUCGCCCGAAGAACAAUCUCGAUGGGCAGCGUUGCUCAAACCCCAGUGUACGGUGACAUUCACUUCCCCCGUUCUUCAUCCUGGUUGGAAAGAGAUCCCCUCCACGUACCUCAUUACCCAACAGGACAAGGCCGUUCCCCCUUGGAUACAGGAAGAGAUGGUCGUCUCUGCGCGUCGGGCCAUGACUACCUGCAAGUGCAGCAACCCCGUUUGCAACCCGGGCUCCCAUUCCAGUCCCGGGAUUGCGUUCAGCGGAAGGGGCGGGAUGAUCAGGAUAGAGCGAUCUGAUAGCGGACACGCGGUGAUGCUCUCCCAUCCUGAGGAAGUAUGUCGAGUUAUUCGGCGUGCAGCGGGGGAAGAAGUCUAGGAUUUUCCCUUUCUUUCGGUUGCAAUGCACGGUUGAGGUAGCUUAUCUUAGUUGACGGGAGUGCGGGCAGCUCUGCGCCCCAAGACGUGGGGUCCGGGAAGUACUUUAGAACAUUUGCGGCUCUUCGUU